GUUGCGCGAGUGCGUUCGACAGUUGAUGGCUUCGGAGCUGUUGAUUAAACAAUAAAAAUAGUAAGUUCUCCUUCAUCAAACUCCGACAGAAACAUGAAAGAAGACAAGGAGAAUACUCGACCCAGAGAAAAGAAAGUGGAAAUCAAAUGCGAAGAAAAUGAAAAAUCAGAGAAGCCAAAUAAAGACAAGAAAGAGGCCAUGACCAAGAUCGUAAUUCGACGCCUUCCUCCCAGCCUAACUAAGGAAGAGUUGGAGGAACAGUUACAACCUCUUCCAGAAGUGGAUUAUCUCGAGUUCUUCUCUAGUGACACCAGUCUGUACCCUCAUCUUUUUGCAAGAGCAUACCUAAAUUUCAAGAACCAGGAAGACAUUGUUCUUUUCAGAGAUCGGUUUGAUGGCUAUGUCUUCAUUGAUAACCGAGGGCAAGAGUACCCUGCAAUUGUUGAGUUUGCCCCAUUUCAGAAGAUUGCUAAGAAGAGGAGUAAGAAAAGGGAUGCCAAAAGUGGAACAAUUGAGGAAGAUUCUGAUUACAAGAAAUUUUUGGAGCUAUACAAUGGUGAUGAAGAGAAGUUUUCAUCUACUCCUGAGACAUUAUUAGAAGAAAUAGAGGCUAAGACAAAGGAGCUGUUUGCCAAGAAAACAACUCCUCUCUUGGACUUCCUUAAGAACAAACAGAGAUUAAGGGAGGAAAAGAAAGAGGAGAGAAGGAGGAGAGAGCUGGAACGCAAACGCUUGCGGGAAGAAGAGCGGCGGAAGUGGCGAGAGGAAGACCGAAGGAAACGCAAAGAGGCGGAGAAAUCAAAAAGAGGAGAAAGGGCACCUGAAAAGGACAAGGACCAACUUAAAGAGGAGCAGCCAAAAAUCAAGCUCUUGAAGAAACCAGACAAACCAGAGAACGGCGACGCUGAAAAGCUAAAAGAGAAGCCAAAAAAAUCAGACCGCGAGAAGCUGAAGGAAGACCGAGUUCCCGGAGGAGUCGAUGUCAAGAGGCGGCAAAAUGGCGAACACCGAGAGGAAAAGACAAGAAGAUUGGAGGAGGAUGGCCGCCGGGAACACCGGGAUCGGGAUACAGACAGGGAAAGGGAGCGUGAGAGGGACCGCCGGGAUCGGGAUACAGACAGGGAAAGGGAGCGUGAGAGGGAGCGCCGUCAGAAAGAGAAGGAGCGGAUCAGGAGGCAGGACGAGGAGCGUCGUCGUCGUCGGGAGCGGCACGAUGGAGAAAAUGUUUACAAAAAGAGAGAGGAGGAGGGGCGAAAGGAAAAGGAGCGUGUCUGGGAGAAGAGGAAGAGUGAGAAUACAGGAGACUUCUGCAGUCACGCUCCACUCGACAAAUCGGACAAGCCCUACAAAGAUUCUAAAAAAGAAGAAAGUGUGAAAAGGGAUCGUUUACGGAACAAGGAUCGACCUGCCAUCCAGCUGUACCAGCCAGGAGCGAGAAGCCGCAACAAAGGAGUAGGAGACAGCCAGGCGGGGGACAAGAUGGCAGAGCGGGACGCUAAGAAUGCACAAGAGAAAGGGGAAGAGUGAGUGAAUGGCCAUAAUGAUGAUGAGGAGGAAAUCUGGUCCUGCCAGGGCUGAUCAGCAUCAGAAAAGUGUGGUGGUGCCAAAGCUCCUUCCCCUCUCGAGGUCUCUGUCAGACAGACAGAAGCCCAACCCUGUCACCCUACUGUGCCUGAAUGAGCCCCCUUUCAUUUCUUUUUAUUAGAAAGGCAAGGGAUAAAUCUCGCUCCCUGACCAACGCUUGGAGUCGAGCUGUGGCGCCUAGCAAGAGAAGCCAAAGUGGACCACGAGGAUGCAAAAGUGACCUUACUCAUGGUGCACAACCAAAACAUAUUGUACUUCACAGCUGUUCAGCUCCUCUGGUAUGUGAGGCUAGUGAUCCAGUUUGUUUACUCUGCCACACUCCAAUAAGUUACCGAAGGUUUUACAGAAAGUUUCACAGGUACAGUUUGUUUGGAUGAUUUUUAAAGAGAUUCCCCUCCCAUUAACCUUUGCUACGUGGACUCUGAGCCAUGUGCUAUGAUGUCUUUAUCACAGUCAGGUGUUUUUGUUUUUUUUCUUUUUAAAGCUGACAUCAUUUUCUGGAAAUCUUGUUAAAUUUAGCAAGUGGCCUUCCCAACUUUUGCAAUAAAGCUUUACCCUAUGAAUGCUA